AUGGGAACAAAACACAUCCAUGAAGUCCAGCAGGCCAGCUUCCUGCUGAGAGCCGCCCUGCUCUCCGUCCUGCUGUUCGGCCCACAGCAUGUGGCCUCGGAGUCAGACGAGGUGGCCCCGACUGAGUGGGAGGUCUGGAAGAGCAGCCAUGGCAUAAACUACGAAGACAUGGACGACAUGCAAAGGAUGGCCAUCUGGGGGGAGAACAAGCAGAUGAUUGAAGACAAUAAUCAAGGUUUUUUCGUGGGGACGAUGCCGUUCACGAUGGCCAUGAAUAAAUACGGAGACCUGACGAGACAAGAGUACCAGGUUUUGCAAGGCGCCAUGAUAGACUCCCAAUUCGUGAAGAGAGGGAAGAUCGUCUCGGGCCGAAGGCUGCGUAACAACGCUAAGAAGUUGGAUGCUUAUGUCGUCGACUACAGGAACAUGGGUUAUGUCACUGAGGUGAAAGACCAGGGAUUCUGUGGCUCGUGCUGGGCCUUCAGCACUACGGGAGCCAUCGAGGGACAAAUUUACAAGAAGACGGGUCAACUCGUGUCCUUGAGUGAACAAAACCUGGUGGACUGUUCCAGAUCUUAUGGUACCUACGGCUGCAACGGUGCCUGGAUGGCCAACGCCUACGACUACGUGGUCAACAACGGGCUGCAGUCCACAAACGCCUACCCAUACACCUCGGUGGACACCCAGCCCUGUUUCUACGACAGCAGACUUGCAGUGGCCCACAUCAAAGACUACAGGUUCAUACCCAAAGGAGACGAGCAGGCCCUGGCUGAUGCUGUGGCAACCAUCGGUCCAAUCACAGUAGCUAUUGAUGCGGAUCACUCAAGCUUCCUGUUCUACAGCUCAGGAAUAUACGAUGAGCCAAACUGUAACCCGAACAAUCUGAGUCACGCGGUGCUGCUGGUUGGCUACGGCUCAGAAGGAGGCCAAGACUACUGGAUCAUCAAAAACAGUUGGGGAAGCAGUUGGGGCGAAGGUGGCUUCAUGCGAAUGGUCCGAGACGGCAGAAACACGUGUGGCAUCGCGAGCUACGCUUUGUACCCUGUUCUGUGA